AUAGACCGCAAACACGUCAGUGAAAGCGUUUUCCCUUUAAACGGUGCCGCAAAGCAUCCUGGGAGUUGUAGUUCCUUCACAGCGAGCUCGGGAAAACCCUCCGCCAGAAGAUGCCAGGUGAAGCUACAGAAGCUGUUCCUGCCCUGGAGCAGGAGCGCCAGCAGCCACGGGAAGACACAGGGUCUGAUACAGAUUCAGAGAGCGAUGAGUCAGUACCAGAGUUAGAGGACCAGGACCUGGGCCAGACACAGCAGGCAAAGCUUGCUGCAGCAGCAGAGAUUGAUGAGGAGCCAGUCAGUAAAGCAAAGCAAAGCAGAAGCGAGAAGAAAGCAAGAAAGGCUAUGUCUAAACUGGGCCUCCGCCAAGUGACAGGAGUGACACGGGUGACCAUCAGGAAAUCCAAGAACAUUCUCUUCGUCAUUCCCAAGCCAGAUGUGUACAAGAGCCCAGCAUCAGACACAUAUAUUGUGUUUGGAGAAGCUAAGAUUGAGGACCUUUCGCAACAAGCUCAACUGGCUGCAGCAGAGAAAUUCAAGAUGCAAGGUGAUGCAGUCUCAAAUAUCCAGGAGAAUACAAGUACGCCUACAGUACAAGAGGAGAGCGAAGAGGAAGAGGUCGAUGAGACUGGCGUGGAGGUCAAGGACAUUGAGCUCGUCAUGUCACAAGCUAAUGUGUCCAGGGCAAAGGCUAUCCGCGCUCUAAAGAACAACAACAAUGACAUUGUCAACGCCAUAAUGGAGUUGACCAUGUAGACCUGAUGCAAAAGUCUCGCUUUCCUUCCCCGGAGAAGAUUAAUUCACCAUAACAGACUGAGUGUUAAACUGAACAUUUCUGUCUCUCUUUGCUGUGUAUGUUUCCUUUUUUGCCAAUAAAAAUAUUUUCUGUGCACAUUUUUGUGCACAACCUCA